AAAUAGUGGCACCUUGUGUGGAUGUAAAAUGGUAAGACAAUGCUACGUGGAUAUGCUGCUCGAUCUGCAUGAACAGGACGAGGCUAUGUGCAUCGAUGAUGUUGAAGUCGGCACCAGUAGCUAUCUGGUUUAUUUCAAAGCGCUGCAAAAGUAUUGCAGCUCAGUUUUAAAUGUCACGUCUGAAUACAUGACGGCGGAAUCGAGAAAUCUCUACGAGGUCACGGUACACUUGCCAAAAGAAGAAGAUGGUGAUAAGAAAAAUGAAAACGUACCAAUAGUUCUGAUCGAAGCUGGACAGACCGGGGGCGUGGAGCCAGUGAUACUGACUUUGUCCUUUAUACAGCGCCUGGUGGCGUGCGAGGAGAACGAAAACAUGAUUCAGAACGUGCGAUGGGUCUUCCUUCCAUGCACUAAUCCUGAUGGCUUGGAGUAUGUACGAUUUGAUCGUCCCGAUUGGGGAAAGAAUACAAGAAAAAUUGAAGGUAGUAGAGGCUAUGGAGUUGCCAUUUCAAACAAUUUUGACUCUCAUUGGAACGAAUGUGAGAAAGUCAAAAGUAUGCUCGACAAAAAUUACCCUGGCCCGUCGCCUGCUUCCGAAAUCGAAACUAAAUUCAUCAGAAAUGUGCUUUUGAAGUAUAAGGAUGAUAUAAAGGCUUAUUUAUCAGUUAGGCGGCAAGGGCAGCACGGGAUACUGUAUCCACACGCUUUUUCGGAUAAAACUGAUGAUGUCGAUCCUCGUCAAGUAAAAAUAGCUGAAAUGGUUAGCUUGAAGGUGAACCAGCGUGGCGGGAAUCUUCAGGCAUUUGUCAACGAUAGCAUCUACAGAAUAAACAACAAACCGGUUUGUGGAAGCAGUGUGGAUUACGCGCACGCGCUGGGAAUACAGCUACCUUAUGAGGUACGGGUGGGUUUUAAUAAGGACUUAGAAAUCCUAAAAACGUUUCAGACUGUAAGCGAGAACCACAAUGCAGUUCUAAGGGCCGCGUACUUCAGUGGCAUCAGAGAACUUUAUGCCAUAAUAACUAAUCCUUAAGGGGCAUAACCUUGUUUUCAAUUUAACAAAUAUUAAUUAAAUGUACUAGGGUCAUGUUACUGAGAUUAGAAAUGUAUUAGAAAUGGUUAGAAUAAUGCAGUAGGUUCUGAAGAAUUUUUUAUUACAUAUCGGGCAUACUGACAUGAAUUGAGCUAAUAAAUAUUAUGUACUUAGCAGAACAUCUUUUGCGAUACAAUAUUUAUUUAGUACAUAAUGGUGUAUCUAUGUUGGAGGAGUCGCUUUUCCACUUUUGGGUAGGAUGUCGGUCAUGCGCCGUGGCUGCUGGCCAGCGCGCGUGCGCCAGGGGUGGGGCCGGUGGCCGUUCAGCCCGCUGCCACUCCGUACUCGGCCGUGGCGGCGGCGCCGCGCUUGGCUCCAGAGCCUCGCAACCCUCACUUCCUAGUACCACUCUCGAUAACUUAGCCGCCUGUGCCGGUCGCGCAAACCAACACCGCAUUAUACUCCUUCGUUUCUUCUUUUCCAUUCGAACUAUAAUUUAUGGUUGAUAAUUUGUUUGCGUAGUGAUUUUUAUAUUUUGAGUUCAUUUUCCAAAAAGAUGAAAAACCAAAAAUGAUGUUUU